CGAGGGCCGCUGCCUUGGAAACGCGAAGCGCGCGCGCUCCCGGCUGGGGGUGCGACGCGGAGGCAGGGGGCUAUCGGCUGGGAAAGGGGCUUCUUCCAGGACACGAUGCUGUGUGCCCGAAGGCUGGCCGCCCUGGGAGCCGGAGCAGCGGCUCUGCGGCCGGGGCGGGCGGGACGGGGCAUCCUCGGAGCCGGGAUCCGGGCCCGGAGGGUCAGCACCAGCUGGUUCCCGGUGGGCGCCGCGUUCAAUGUCAAGCCCCAGGGCCGCAGCUUGGAGCUGUUCAGCGGGCGCCGGGGUCUUUUUGGAGUUCCUGAGCUCAGUGCCCCAGAAGGAUUUCAUAUUGCACAAGAAAAAGCCUUGAAAAAGACAGAAGUACUUGUGGAACGCGCAUGUUCUACCCCACCGGGGCCCCAGACUGUGUGCAUUUUUGAUGAGCUCUCAGAUUCCUUGUGCAAAGUGGCUGAUUUGGCUGAUUUUGUGAAAAUUGCUCACCCUGAGCCAGCAUUCAGAGAGGCGGCGGAAGAAGCCUGUAGAAGUAUUGGCACCAUGGUAGAGAAGUUGAACACAAAUGUGGAAUUAUAUCAAAGUUUGCAAAAAUUACUAGCUGAUAAAAAACUUGUGGAUUCCCUUGAUCCGGAAACCAGGCGAGUGGCUGAACUGUUUAUGUUUGAUUUUGAAAUCAGUGGAAUCCAUCUAGACAAAGAAAAGCGUAAAAGAGCAGUGGACCUUAAUGUUAAAAUCUUGGAUUUGAGUAGUACAUUUCUUAUGGGAGCCAACUUUCCCAACAAGAUUGUGAAGCAUCUCUUACCAGAACACAUUCACCACAACUUUAUAUCUGAUGGCAAUCACAUAGUCAUUGAUGGUCUCCAUGCAGAAGCAUCAGAUGACUUGGUGCGAGAAGCUGCUUAUAAAAUUUUUCUUUAUCCCAACGCUGGUCAAUUGAAAUGUUUAGAAGAAUUGCUCAGCAAUAGAGAUCUUCUGGCAAAGUUAGUAGGGUAUUCUACAUUUUCCCACAGGGCUCUCCAGGGAACAAUAGCUAAAAAUCCAGAGACUGUCAUGCAGUUCCUUGAGAAACUAUCUGAUAAACUUUCUGAAAGAACUAGAAAAGAUUUUGAGAUGAUACAAGGGAUGAAAAUGAAGCUAAAUCCUCAAAAAUCUGAAGUAAUGCCUUGGGAUCCUCCCUACUACAGUGGUGUGAUUCGUGCAGAGAGGUAUAAUAUUGAGCCCAGUUUAUAUAGCCCGUUCUUCUCCCUCGGAGCAUGCAUGGAAGGCCUGAAUAUUUUGUUUAACAAACUGUUGGGGAUUUCAUUAUAUGCAGAGCAGCCUGCAAAAGGAGAGGUGUGGUGCGAAGAUGUCCGAAAACUGGCUGUUGUUCAUGAAUCUGAAGGAUUGUUGGGAUACAUUUACUGUGAUUUUUUUCAACGAGCUGACAAACCACAUCAGGAUUGCCAUUUUACAAUCCGGGGAGGCAGAUUAAAGGAGGACGGAAACUACCAGCUCCCAGUCGUGGUUCUGAUGCUCAAUCUCCCCCACUCCUCCAGGGGCUCACCGACUCUGUUAACUCCUGGAAUGAUGGAGAAUCUUUUCCAUGAAAUGGGACACGCUAUGCAUUCUAUGCUGGGACGUACCCGCUACCAACACAUCACUGGGACCAGGUGCCCCACUGAUUUUGCAGAGGUUCCUUCUAUUCUGAUGGAGUACUUUGCAAAUGAUUAUCGAGUAGUUAACCAAUUUGCCAGACAUUAUCAGACUGGGCAGCCACUGCCAAAAAAUAUGGUGUCUCGUCUUUGUGAAUCUAAAAAGGUUUGUGCUGCAGCUGAUAUGCAGCUUCAGGUCUUUUAUGCCACUCUGGAUCAAAUCUACCAUGGGAAGCAUCCCCUGAGGAGGUCAACCACUGACAUUCUCAAGGAAACACAAGAGAAGUUUUAUGGCUUACCCUAUGUUCCAAAUACCGCCUGGCAGCUGCGAUUCAGCCACCUUGUGGGCUACGGUGCCAAAUACUACUCUUACCUGAUGUCCCGGGCAGUGGCUUCCAUGGUUUGGAAGGAAUGCUUUCUACAGGACCCGUUCAACAGGGCCGCUGGGGAGCGCUAUCGCAGGGAGAUGCUGGCCCACGGUGGGGGCAAGGAGCCCAUGCUCAUGGUUGAAGGAAUGCUUCAGAAGUGUCCGUCUGUUGAUGACUUUGUAAGCGCCCUUGUCUCUGACUUGGAUCUGGACUUCGAAACUUUCCUGAUGGAUUCUGAAUAAUGGAAACAUCCUGAAUCUUUUGAAUCAAGGUCAUGUAGAUACUUUGUUAUAAAUGCUACAGCUGUGAACACUGGUUUCUGAUUUCAGUGUUCACUUCUGUAAUGACUUCUGAAAAACUUUAAACUGCUGGAACUUGGAAUAAAUAAUUUGUUUUAAUUA